AUGAGGAACAUCGUGGUACUGGGCGGAAGCUCUCACCCGCAGCUCACCGAGACUAUCUGCAACCACCUCGGCAUACCCAAGGCCAAGGUGCUUCUUGACAAGUUCAAGGGCGGCGAGACGCGCGUUGAGAUUGAGGAGAGUGUGCGAGGAAAGGAUGUCUUCAUCAUCCAGUCUGGCGGCGGUAAAGUCAACGACCAUCUGAUGGAACUUCUCAUUACCAUCUCCGCCUGCCGUACCGCCUCUGCGAAGCGCAUCACCGCCGUCCUUCCGCUCUUUCCCUACUCGCGACAGUCGGACAUUCCAUACAACAAGACUGGCGCGCCUCUUUCCAAGGUGCCUGGGCGCUCGAGGACCGGCACAUACACGUUCGACUCGCGACCGCAGACGCCCUUCCCAGGCCAGGCUGAAAGCGCCGGCAUAACCAAUGGCUCUGCAGCGCUGCACCACCAGCUCAGUAGGAUGAAGAUGGAUGAGCGCAACGGCGGCCAUGCCAACGGGAACCCCACAAGCCCCGUCAAGCAGAACGGCAUCAAGCGUUCCGAGACGGUCGACUCGGGCAAGUCGGACAAAUCCGACAAGUCUGCCUACUUCGACGUUGGCAAGGAAGCCAAUGGCGCCAACGGCACGGCUGCCCCAACCCCAGGUUUCCUCACGCGCGCACCCACAACCACCAAGCCUCCUGCUUUCGAGCCCCAGGUCGGAUACCGCCAAUGGGUUGCUCAAGCCGGUACCUUGAUCGCGGACCUGUUGACCUGCGCUGGCGCUGACCAUGUCAUCACCAUGGAUCUCCACGAUCCACAGUACCAGGGCUUCUUCGAUAUCCCCGUGGACAACCUCUAUGGCCGUCACCUCCUCCGCAAAUACAUCCAGUUCAACAUCCCCAACUACCAACAAGCUGUUGUAGUCUCCCCUGAUGCUGGAGGUGCGAAGCGCGCAACCGCCAUCGCCGACGCUCUCGGCAUGCCUUUUGCCCUCAUUCACAAGGAGCGCCGCCCCACACAGAUCAACGACCGGCAAAACGCGACCAUGAUGUUGGUUGGAGACGUCCGCGAGCGCACAACCAUCCUGGUUGAUGAUUUGGCGGAUACGUCCAACACCAUUACUCGCGCGGCGAAGCUCCUGAAGAAAGAGGGCGCUACAGAGGUGAUAGCCCUCAUUACACACGGUAUUCUGAGCGGAGAUGCCAUUGAGCGUAUCAACCAGAGUGCUCUAGACAAGGUCAUUGUGACCAACACGGUGCCCCAGGAGGACCACAAGAGCAAGUGCCCCAAGCUGGAGGUUCUCGAGGUCGGCAAUGUCUUUGCUGAGGCCAUCCGACGUGUUCACCAUGGCGAGAGCAUUAGCGUGCUUUUCGACUACAGUUAG